AUGGACGACGAACGGCUACCCAAACGACCAUUCUACGGAGACGUCGCCAGGGGUUCUCGUCGCCAAGGAGACCAAAUUCGCCUUUACAAGGAUACUCUGAAGUCCUCCCUGAAACGUCCUCAAACUAACCCGACCAAAUGGGAACAGCUCGUUCUCGACCGAUCGACCUGGAGCAGGAGAUUGAAGACAGACGCUGCGAUCUAUGAAGUCAACCGCAUCGCCGCCACCAAAGUCAAACGCGAAGCCGCAAAUCACAACUGCACCCAAUCCGCAACACCGACGCACAACCGCUUCCAACGUGUCCUCGGUGUCGAAGGACAUUCCGGCCACGAAUUGGGCUUAUUUGGCACCUCCAGAUAA